CGCUGAUUCAUUGGUAGUCGUACUCGUCAGCAGUCUGGCCGACAGAAGUAAGCUAAGUUGACGUAGGCUACGGGACAACGCCGGUGUUACAUACGGGCUAAACGUUACCUGAACUUCAAAGAACUAGAGUGACCUGUCAUAUUGGUCUAUUCGAAGAAACGUAAAAGUUGAGAAUGGAAUUUAAACCAAAAAUAUUACGAGUUGUGUCCCUCAGUCAAGAUACGUUUGAUAGACCACAGAAGAUAUCAUCUGAAGCUUGUCAAAAACAGACGAAUCUGAAGAGUACAAAGUGUAUUUAUCCAAAGCGUGUGUUUCAGCAACAUGCUGCUAACAAACUACAGAGACGCUGCAACAACAUGUUCCAGUCCCUCAACGAGAUCAGUCCUCACCGAAAACCAAGGGUUCAAUUGGAAAAAAACACCGACUUUAUCACAUUACGACUUCCACUCGUUUAUCCAAAAUGCAAAGACUCCGAGUCUGAAGAGAUGGGCAAUUGUUAUAUGGUAGAGGAGGAGAACCCGUUAAAUGGUCUAAUUGAGCCAAAGAAAGAACCAUUUUGUGAUCUUUGGGAGCAGUCUGAUACGAUUGAGUUUGCGGUUGAACCAGACAAUAAGUUCCAUACAUCCCAAAAGUUCUUGUCUCCUUUUCGUGUUGAAAAUGAUAUUAAAGGUGAAACUGAUCAUGAAGUUGAGUACAAGUUCGAUAACAACGACUAUACAACUAUAUACGAUGAGAAGUCAACAUUUUUUGCAGUUGGCACACAAGAAGAUAUGCAAAGUGAAUCUUCUUUAAGUUCAGUCAACGAAAACCUGAUAACAUUAACAAGAGAUCCACCGCCGAUGGCGCCGAUUCUGCAAACAGAGAAUUCUUUGGGUUUUAGGUAUAAGUCAAACGAUCCAAGACCACAUGGCAUGUAUUGCCAAACAUGCUUUAAGUAUUUGCCAAUCGAAGGACAAAAUGUUGCUCUUAUUGUCGAUUUAGAAUCUAUUGCGAUGGAGAAACAUAUCAAAGGAUGUCAUCCUAAGGAAACAGCAUCUGACAUUUCCUUCAUUCGUUCAUAUUCUUAUUUUCGCUUUCGUUCAGCGUUUUCGAAGAAAUGUCCAUGCGGUCAUCAGAUGACGUCGAAAAAGAGUCAUUUUCAACAUUUUAAAGCUCACUAUGAUAAAUACGUUGAUGGAUCUUCUGAACUUGUAUAUUGCAGCAUCUGCGCUGAAAUCGUACACAGUGAAUAUUUUGAUACUCAUAGAACGAAAGAUCAUGAACCGACUGGUAUGGUACCGGUUAGUCGAUCUGUUAAAUCUCAAUUAUGCACGGUCUGUCAAAGCAAACCAUGUGGUAGUUUAGCUUGCCAUCUUCACAGGCAUCGAGUAGGGACAUUGACUAUAUCGACACGACCUGCCUCGUUCGAAGAUGCACCUCAUUAUUGUCGUAUCUGCGGAACCGUGCUUCCUUUCUUCCGUUUGAAUGAGCACUAUGCUAGUUAUCACCCUACAUGCUCCAGUGAUGUCAGAUCGUUUGCCUUCUCGGGGGAUUUUUCCAAAUGUCAGAUUUGCUCCUGUGCCACGUUCACCUUACUAGAUCUGUACAAACAUCUACAAAGUCACAAUAUAACCCAAAGUGCAUCUUGAAUAAAAAUGGAUAUGCCGUAAAGUUUAUGAUCGCGAGCAGUCGACAUCCUCUUCGAUCAUCAUAAUUUAAGGGACGUGUCUGAAAAAUAUAAGUAUGUUCUGCUUAAUACAAGGACACGUUAAACUAUCAAACUAGAAAAGCCCAGGCCAACAAAAUCCUAAUGCACAAACAUGACACUGAAAUAGCAAUAGGUGGCACUAUAGUAUACUCAUUAUAAUGAAUGCUUGUAAGCGGUAUGUUUUAGCUGGGUUUUAGACACUAAGUGAUUUGCGAAAUCUCUCUUUUAAUAUUCUGGAAGACAUAAGACCCAUGGUACAAUAGUGAUCACCUCUGAUACGUUCCUUAUUCACACCGGAAUAGCCUGAUCCGCUCAUUUCAUUGGAUUUUAUCGUCGCUAAUUCUGUGCAUGCAUUUAGCUCUUGU